UUUUUUUGUAAGGGGCUGAUUCUGCUCCCCGGGAAGGCCUGCCUGCCUGCGCUCCCCAUGGCUGAGAAAGGGCAGAACGAGUUGCUAAAAGCCCGAGACAGGACCCUGAGCGUCUUCCGCGAAGAGGCGGAGCGGGAGUGGAAGGGCCCUUUCUAUUUCAUCCAAGGAGCGGACCCUCAAUUUGGGCUGAUGAAGGCUUACAGCAUCGGCGACUGCAACAGCGGUGGGGACGAGUGGGAAGCCGAAUUGCAGCUCACCCGGCAAGCGGUGGAAGCCAUUAACCGCCUUAACCCGAGACCAAAGUUCCUAGUCCUCUGCGGGGACUUAAUACACGGGAUGCCUGGGACGGAAUGGCGCGAGGCCCAAAUCCGGGACCUAAGAAAUGUCCUGAAGGACCUUAGAAGCGACAUCCCUCUGGUUUUCGUCAGCGGCAAUCACGACUUGGGCAACACACCCACGCCGGAAACCGUCCGCGAUUAUUGCCAGCAGUGGGGCGAUGAUUACUUCAGCUUUUGGGUCGGCGGCGUCUUCUUUCUCGUGCUGAAUUCCCAGCUGUAUUUCGACGCUUCUCGAUGCGCGGCGUUAAAGGCGGCGCAGGACGCGUGGCUGGAGCAGCAACUGGCCCUGGCGGAGAAAAAGCAGUGCCGCCAUGCCGUCGUGUUCCAGCACAUCCCCUUCUUCGUAAACGAACCUGAAGAGGACCACAACUACUUCAAUCUGGAGAAGGCCGUUCGACACGAGCUGAUGGAAAAAUUCUGCCGAGCAG